UAUAUAUAUUUUAGGUAUGUUUUGGCGGAAUUAAUCAUUACUUGAUAACAUAUGAAAUUGUAUUGCAGGAAUUUCCGAGAAACCAAAUCCCUCUUUGACCCAUCGCUGGGGCAGCCGAUUCCUCGACUCUCCGGUGUAUCUGCGUUUCUCUCUGCCGACUAAGGAAUAAUUGAUGUGGAUUUUCUGAAAAAAGACUGCAGUUAGGAAAAUUUGGCAAUGGAAGAACAAGUAGAUUAUGAUCACCGGUCGAUUAUGGUGGAAAGUGGUAUGCAAAUUGAUCCAAGAAGGGAGCGUUUCCCAUACUGCAUUGUUUGGACGCCUCUUCCUAUUACUUCAUGGCUGAUUCCUUUCAUUGGCCACAUUGGCAUUUGCAGAGAAGAUGGAGUUAUUCUAGACUUUGCGGGUCCGAGUUGUGUCUCUAUUGACGAUUUCGCUUUCGGGGCAGUAGCUCGCUAUAUCCAAAUUAACAAAGAUAAGGAAUGCAGCAUUUCUUAUCAUUCAUCAGCACUGAAAGGAGAUCAAGAAUACCAACAUGACGAUCUGAGAGAGGCAUUAACAUGGGAUGAUGCGCUAGAAAAGGGCAUUCAAGAGUUCCAACAUCGGCCGUACAACCUUUUCACUUGCAACUGCCAUUCAUUUGUAGCAAACAACCUGAACAGGUUAGGCUUUCAUUCGGGUGGGUGGAAUGUAGUUAACCUUGCUGUUCUCAUCUUCCUCAAUGGUCGGUGGGUGAACAAAACAGCAGUUUUGCGAUCUCACUUGCCAUUUGUUGUUGUAUCCGGUAUUGGACUAGUGUUUGGUGGCACAACAUACCUGUCUCUGUUGGCCCUCCUUGUAUUCCUUCUUGUUGGUUGGUUCCUUCUCGGUACUUACUGUUUCAAGAACUUGAUCUAUUUGUAGCUUUUACCAGAAACCAAUGCAAAGAAUGAAGGGAUAUGUCAAUUUUUGUAUGUGACAUUGAUGGAGUCGAUAAAGAUGGAAUAUUUCAUUUA